GGAUAGAUAAAUGUCGGGUUUCACUCGUAAAAUGUCCAUAAAGAACUGAAAUUUUAUUGUUUCUAAUGUUCCCUUAGAACGAUUGGGUUUCUCUUACAAAAACAUGUACUUCUUUUUUGGGAUAUUAUCCCUGGUGUUUAUAACAAUCGAAGCUCGCGGAACUCCAAAAAUUGAAAUAUUCGAGAUUCGUGAAACUGACAAUGGUCUUGAGUUGAAAAAUCUCAAUACUAACACGAAAAACCAUCAGGGUUCUGACUCCCUACUCAAGUUACUUCGAGCCCCAAGAACUGACAACCAAGCAUCGAAACUAGCAAAGCAGUUGCUAAGCAAGUUGAAGAGUUCUCUGAAAACAGAAGACGAUACGAAAACGAAUAGAUAUUAUAACUAUAAUUAUAAUGAUGAUGCUCACAUCUACAUUCUGAAUAGUAACAUGUUUGAUGACGAAUCCUCUUACGAAGAGCUUUUCAUUGACAAAACUCGUCACGAGCGAAGCUCCGAUAGAAACGAACUCAGGGACGUCUUAUUUCAGUUACUUCAGCCACAGAAAAAGCUGAAAAAGCUUCGGCGAGACAACAAGCCUUUGGCACCCUUAUCAGGCUCUGCAACAUUCGCUCCGAUGCGCAAACGGCAAUAUGACUAUGAAUGAGCGAACGCUUGAAACAAUAAAAUGUCAAUUCCAAAUACACUUAAUCAGCUAUUUAAUUUCUUAUCUUCUUUAGCCCCGACUUAAAAUUGACAGGGUGUUAUAAGUUUUAAGUAGGAGGUGAGUCCACACUAUUGUAGCCGUCGAACGGAUGAAGCGAACUUGAUUUUGAUUUGUUUAUUUCAUUUGAAAGGUUUUUCAAUCUAAA